AUGAACUAUAGUUUGAAAGGGUCUCUAUGCAAUGUUACCCAUCAUAUAUAGAAGCCAUUCAUUUGUUGGCACAUAGAUUCUCGGGUUUUGUAGAUGAACUGGCUGGAGAGAUGAAGUUUGCAAAGAAGUAUGAGGAAUACAUGAAGGGGAAAGAGGAGGAGCUCCCAACUGUGGGAUUGAAGAAGCUCAAGAAGAUGCUCAAGAGGUGCAGGAGUGAGUUCCAAGAACACCAUCAAAAGGAAAGUGUAGAGGGAGGAGAGGAGGGGAAUAAUUGCUUGGAUGGGACUUCUUCUUCUGUGGAGAAUAGAUGCACAAGUAGUGGACAUUGCCAAGUGUGCGAUGGCUCUUUCUUUCCCUCUCUGCUCGAGGAGAUGUCGGCCGUCGUUGGCUGCUUUAACAGGCGAGCCAAGAGAUUGCUCGAGUUUCAUCUGGCUUCUGGAUUCAAGAAGUACCUUUUGCGGUUCCUGUUCGGGUUUCACAGCAAUCACGGAGCUCUGAUAAAAGAAGGCAAAGACUUGGUGACUUACGCUAUCGUAAACGCGGUGGCGAUGAGGAAGAUACUGAAGAAGUACGACAAGGUUCACUACUCGAAGAAGGGACAAGCGUUCAAAGCGCGAGCCCAGAGCUUGCGCAUCGAGAUCCUUCAAUCUCCUUGGCUCUGUGAGCUGAUGGCCUUCUACAUCAACUUGCGACGAAGCGAGAAAACCAGCCAGGCCGCCAUGGAGCUGUUCGGAGAUUGCGCCCUCACAUUCGAUGAGGACAAGCCGACGCUCUCGUGCGGCCUCUUCGAUUCCAUGAGGGUUGAUAUAAACUUGACUUGCUCGAUUUGUUUGGAUACCGUGUUCGAUCCGGUCGCUCUUGCUUGUGGCCACAUAUUCUGCUACAUGUGUUGUUGCUCAGCCGCAUCUGUCACGAUUGUCGAUGGGCUAGAGUCGGCAAAUCCAAAAGCAAAAUGUCCUUUAUGUCGACGGGGAGGAGUCUUCGCUCGUGCCGUACACUUAGAUGAGCUGCACAUUCUGCUAAGACAUAGUUGUUCCGAUUACUGGGAGAAGCGGCUUCGGAUCGAAAGAGUCGAGCGUGUUCGUCAGACGAAGCAACACUGGGAAUUACAAUGCCGCACGUUCAUGGGCAUCUGAUCAAAAUGCUUGUUCUUAACUUUCGAGUUUGGCUCAUUUAAUGUACUAUUUUAAAGGGUAAUUAAGUUUAUGCCCUACUUUUUGUACAGUAAUUUGUGUGUGUGUCAUGGGAAAGCAUUGAAGCAUUUCUUUUUGAGUA